CCCUCCUGACGUUACCGCCGGCAGAGUUUAAGCUUAUUAUGGAUAGUGCUGUGUGGGCCAUUAAACACACGAUGCGUGAUAUUUCGGAGAUUGGUCUUGGACUCGCGAACGAGAUAAUAGACAACUUCGCAGUUAGCGAACCGAAUAUUUCGAACGCAUUCUUCCAGCAGUAUUUCCUGAGCUUGCUUCAAGAUAUCUUCUUCGUCCUCACCGACACUGACCACAAGAGCGGUAAGCCUAAGUAUUUUCGCUGACAGUGAAUCACUCAUUCGCCGUUAGGUUUCAAACAGCAAAGUAUCGUUCUUUGCGCGGAUGUUCCAAUUAGUAAUGACCGGCCAACUCAAUGCCCCCUGUUUGAUCCUGCAACUGUCGGGAAUUCAUCAAUGACCAAUCAGGAGUUCUUGAAAUGUACAC